UUUUCUUCCUGCUCCAAACAAAUAUUCUUAUUUAAAUUAAAAUGAGCUCUUAUUUUGUCAACUCACUCUUCUCCAAAUACAAAACCGGGGACUCCUUGCGUCCCAAUUACUAUGACUGCGGGUUCGCUCAGGAUCUUGGGGGCAGACCCACGGUGGUGUACGGACCCAGCACGGGGGGCACCUUCCAGCAUCCGACCCAAAUCCAGGAGUUUUACCACGGAGCAUCCUCACUCUCCAGCUCCCCUUACCAACAGAAUCCCUGCGCCGUGGCGUGCCAUGGGGACCCCAGCAACUUCUAUGGCUACGACCCCUUGCAAAGGCAGAGCCUCUUCAGCGCCCAGGAGUCGGACUUGGUGCAGUACACGGACUGCAAGCUUGCUGCCAGCGGCCUUGGAGAGGAGGCGGAGAGCUCGGAGCAGAGCCCUUCUCCGACCCAGCUUUUCCCCUGGAUGCGACCGCAAGCCGCUGGACGGAGGAGGGGGAGGCAAACCUACAGCCGCUACCAGACGCUGGAACUGGAGAAGGAAUUUCUAUUUAAUCCCUACCUGACCCGCAAACGGAGGAUCGAGGUCUCGCAUGCCCUGGGAUUGACAGAAAGGCAGGUCAAAAUCUGGUUCCAGAACAGGAGGAUGAAAUGGAAAAAGGAAAACAACAAAGACAAGUUUCCCAGCAGCAAAUGCGAGCAGGAAGAACUGGAAAAACAGAAAAUGGAAAGAGCCCAGGAGGUGGACGAGGAAGGGGAAGCACAGAAGGCGGACAAGAAAUAAAAGGAUUUUUAAGGACUGAAAGGCAAGCACUGCUGGGGUGGACGAGCCCCUGAGCCCCACGUUAAUGGCAGUUAAUGUAAGGGAGGGGUGGGAAAAAAAACAACAAUGCAUAGAAAAGAGAAAGGAAAAAAACCCAACCUUUUAUUGCUGUAAAACAAUAUAGCUGUAAGCACCACUUUCCUGAUUAUCCUUUGAUACAAUGAACAGUAUGCAAAAGUGAUCGGGAGGUCUCUCCUGCCUUUUGCCAGUUAUUAACUAGUGGUAGUGUAACGCAAUAGCUUAUGUAAAACAUGACUGUGAAAUUUUCUCUCUCUCUCUGUCUUUCUCUCUGUCUCUCUCUUCUUUCCUGGGGGGGGUGGGUUGGUUAACAUAGCUUUCAAUGCUAUAGGAGUUACGUGAAAUUACAUUUGUGCACUUUUUUUUUGUUUUAAAUUUUCCACCUUUUUUUGUUGUGGUUUAUCUGUAUGUACUGGAGGUAGCUAUUGAAACAAACAUCCCAACAACAUGAAACUGCCUAUUUAUGCUCUAGUUAUCUCUUUCUUUCUCUCUCUUUCUCUCUUUACUUUCCCUGCUUCUGUUCUUUUCUUUGGUUCGGGAUUUUCUUUUUUGUUUGUUUGGGUUUUGUUUACAAUUCUUAAAUGUCUCUUCCAAAAAAAAAAAAAAAGGGAAAAAAAGGAAAAAAAAAAAGACAAGAAAAAAAGCGUUUUUCUCUCAUUUAGUUAGCAUGCGCACAGUGAAGCAAGUUGUAAAGUGAUCUUUAGGUUAACUGUGAAAAAGAAUGUAUACUGUAUACGUGAAU